AUGUCACUCUUCAAAAGGAAGGGGGAGGAUAAGGACGCAGACUCGUUCCGGGGGAGUUUCUCGAUCCCUGCAAGCAGGUCCGAGUGGGUCCGUCUUGCGACACAGUCUCGUCUUAUAGGAAAGUCUCUCCACGACCUUGUGAAGCUUGGUUCUGGUUCCAAAGUAACGAAGAAGCAAUUCGUCUUAUUUCGGGCAGUGUGGCCCCGCCCGGAAAAGUUCUCUCACAUCCUCAAUGACAAGGCCAAGUACCACCUGAAUGAAGUUUGGGACGACGCUGAGCAACUUGUGGCGAAGUCGGUCGAGAUUCAGAACUAUUUCUCAUUGGUCGAAAGUCCAGAUGGACUGGGUGCCCUGGCUGAGGGUCAGCCGGGCUGGCCGGGAUCAUGGGCCUUAGUUUUGAAAUGGCAGAAGAGAUGCCCUCCGAAUGACGAGGCGGUCACAAACGUCGCGCUUAUCACGUUUCUCGAUGCGGUGUCAAAUUUGAUUCCACAAGCAAAUUUUGAAGUCACCAUUGUCCGCGUCGCCUUCGAGGCGACUUUCAAGACGUGUUCGUACAAGGCCUUAACCGACGGGGGCAUCUGGAUCAAGGAUGACAUAGAUGAUGUGCGCGCGAUCGCAGAGGUCAAGAAGGGACCACGGAGGGAUAAUUCAGAUAGGAUUAGAAUGCAGGAGACAGCGGAGAUUGUCGGCUGGCUCAAGUCCGCCAAGCCGUGGAAUAAUGUCUUUGGUGGAUAUAAAAUCCUUUUCGCGCAGGACGGCCACCAGGCUUGGCUUGUAUUUGGAAAGCCGACGACCAGUUACCCGGCAUACCUCGCGGGGGGCACGCAUACACACGAUACGUUCUUAGACAUGACGACCUAUGGUCCUUUCAAAUUGAGUGUGAGAGAACACAUAAAGACUCUGUGUGUUUUGAGCGCCGCAGUAAUGUUGCGGAUCAAAAGAGCCCUGCAGGUGCAAUAA